AUGGCUAUGUAUAUGCUUUUCCUAACUUGCGGUCUAAUUACGUUUCCAGAUGACCAACUUGCUAUUGGUAAGGAAACCGGUCGCAGGCUUGGAAUGCGAACCAGCAUGUAUCCAUCUGCGGCUCUUCUUGGUACUGUCAAGGACUCCAACAUUGCAUCCAUUCCUGUUGAGGAGUUGAUUGAGAAGGCUGAUGGGUUUGCUGGGGUCUUUCCAGAGCACAAAUAUGAAAUUGUGAAAAAGCUGCAAGAGAGGAAACACAUUGUUGGAAUGACUGGUGAUGGUGUCAACGAUGCUCCUGCAUUGAAGAAAGCUGACAUUGGUAUUGCUGUGGCCGAUGCUACAGAUGCUGCUCGUGGUGCUUCAGAUAUUGUUCUCACUGAACCUGGAUUGAGUGUUAUCAUCAGUGCAGUGCUCACUAGCAGAGCUAUCUUCCAGAGAAUGAAGAACUACACCGUGCGCAUACUCUUAGUUUUUUUCUUACAUUAUGCCCACUAUUUGUGUUCGUUUGCACCAAUAUCUAACAUCUUUUUCUAUCUUCCAGAGAAUGAAUAA